CGUGUGUGUGUGUGUGCGUUAGUAUCCCUCAUCCAUAAUAAUAAUCAAAUGUGCAAUUGACAAUAACUGAAUAACAACAUUAAUCAUUAUGCAGUAUUGCAGCAGGCUCUGACUGUCGGCGACUCACUCGAGUUACUUAAUAAUAGUUAGUAUCUACAGUGCUCUUAGGUGUUUUAGUUCGCGUCUGUUUGUUCGGCGGUGGUUCUGUUUUGUUUUGUAAGUGUCCGUAAUCAUGGUAUAAUAAAUAUUAUGAAUAAAAAUAAAUUAAAGUACGACAGCAGUUGUAGUGCCGAAAAACGAUAAAAAUUAUUCAGUGGUCAGAGAACAAAUGGUCUGAACCACUGGUGGCCCUCUACGCGAUUGAUCUUGUGUGGUUCGUAAAUUCUACCUUAGGUUCUGAGCUUCCUUCUCCUCUCAGGAAGCUUAAAAAAUAUUAUGUCGUCGUUGACACACGGGUUGCUGGCUGUGUUGUGCUUGGGCCAAGCCAUGGCGUACAUCGAAAAAAUCGUGGAAAACGAUAGUGUUUGUUCGAUGAGUUUCCUUUCAAAUAAUUUAGACUUAUCUGGCCGUGAAGAUCAGUCAGCUAUGGUGAUCAAAGAUAACCAAUAUUUUCAUAAGUGGACUGGCAAGAAUGAAUUUAAUUGUAAAUUUACAGUAACUUCCUCACUUGGGUUGGGUGUUUUUGCGGUCAUACAACAUAUGUCUUUUAGACGUAAUGCUCAAGGACAAUGUAUUGAUUAUAUUCAAUUUCGCCACGCUGAAAAAACCUUGAGUGUUCUAGACUUAAAUUUCAAAAUUAAGUCGUCAGAGAGCUGGGGCGAGAAAAUUUGUGGAAAAUUAAAUGCAUUUGAAGCCAAUAUUGGUAAUGAAUAUAAUCAAGGCAGUGAUGGAAAUGAUGAUAAAGAAAUAAAAAAUUCAUUUGUUGAUCAUAAGGGUAUUGUCGAAGUUAAAAUAUAUCUUGGAAAUAAAUCUAUCGAGUCCAGUGAUGAACUAAAGUUUGAGAUUGUGUUCACAGCAUUUCAAGAAUGCAAAUUUGACAAUGGUCAUUGGAGAAGUUGUGGUAGAAAAACAUGUAUUUUUAAAGAUUUUUUCAAUGAUGGGAAAGUUAACUGUCCAUACAAAAGCUGUAAAGAUGAGAGUGGUUGUCGGCCAGUAGUCUCAAUACUCAAUAGUAACUACAUGAGCAGCACAACUUUUGGGACUAAAAUUGUGGCUGCAACAGUUGCCUGCUUGGUAACCAUGAUUUUAGUGUUCAUUGCAUUCCUAUGGAUAUUCAGGCAUUGCGGACCUGCAUUUUGUUGUAUAAGCAACCCUAAUAGCCAUCCGCAUUCUUCUGAAAUGAUACCAGUGCCACGCUUGGACACAAUGGCUAUUCUAGCUACAGCUCCACCUGAAUCUAUGGCUAGCGGUACUGAAGUAAGAACAGCCGAUAAAGAUCUACCACCUUCAUACGAUUCGUUGUUCCCAAGUAAAUAAUAACUAUGAUCAAUAUUUUAAAGAUCUGUAUAAUUUCUUCAUCUAUCUCAUAUAGUUUAUAAGGUGGAUUUUAUACCUUUAUUUAACAUUUCUAUCUGAACAAAUUUAUUAUUAUUAUUUUUUUUUUUUGGAGAGAAAUAAGUAAGACAUUUUAAGCUAAGUACACCAAUCAUGUUCGAUUGUACCAGUGAUUUUUUAAUUUUCAAAACAAAUUCGUUUUUAUUUUAGUAAGAUUAUAUAACUGAUUAAAAAAAAAAUAGUUAGAAAGUUCUAAUAUUUUGACCUAUUUAGAUAUUUUUUUUUACUCUUGUUUAAAGAGUGGGACACAGUGUCUUGCUAUUUUCUCAAAGUAUUAAGAAAAACACCACCAUGAGUCCCACCAUGUAUUUAUCUGCUCUCAAAUUGAACAAUUAAUAGUAAAACUAUCAUCUUUAUUCUAGUAUUUUUUGUUACACAAAUUAAUUAUUUUAUAUCAUAUAUUUAUUUUUUUUAAUGGUUUUGUAUUAAAUAUAAUAAUUAUUUACCAACUGGGACUACUGAAGUGUCACAUACAAUAAGUAUACUCUUUUUAUAACCAACAGAAAACUAGACAUUGUUAACACACAAGACUGAAUAUCUCAACAAUUUCAAAUUGAUUAUUACAUAUCACUUAAUAACUUAUGCAAAUUAAACCAAAUUAAAAAGAUACAAUUUCAUCUUCAUUUUGAUAAUAGCAUUAAUUUUUUAAAACAUUGUUAACACACAAGACUGAUCACCUCAAAAUUUCAAAAUGAUUAUUUUCUAUCAGUUAAAACUUAUACGAAUUAAACCGAAUUUAAAAAAAAAAUGACAUUUUCAUUU